AUGUGGAGUCUAGUUGAGUGGGACAGACAGCUUGAUCUCUGGUUCAGCGAUGGGAAGCCCAUCGACGCCCAGCGACCCAUUGAUGACCUCGGAGGGCGUGGAGGUUUAUCCCCUCGUUUGAUUGUGCGUAAUCUUGGGUUUCUUGAUUUGACUGAGAUAACUUUGCCUACGACGGUAGCACUCGAUGCCAACGGCUCCAUUCUGAGAUCUAUGCCAGACUCCGAGAGAACUUGCCAUAUAGGUGAUCGAGCCUAUAAAACGGAAACAACGCAUCUUGAGCUAUCUCUCCAAAUAGAGGAAGAUGGCAGUUUUACCUUGAGUAUAAUCCGACCUGAAGAAAAUGAGUUAGCCAGUGAUGGAGAAGGCAUGCUUUUCCCCAUCUAUCCGAGAAAUCCCCAAAGCACUUGUGUGUCAGGGAGGCUCAAGACAAUUCCAAUGAUAUUGCUGGACGAUGUUUCUUUCAUUAAAACCAUGAUAGGGCAGAAAUACGUGCCGUAUCAAAAUGUGCCCAGACCAUAUGGAAAGCCAAUCGAAGAGAUAGAAGCGCUCGGCAAAAUGCUAUUCCCCUUCUCGAAUCACAGCUUUGAGCUUGCAGUGUGUGUAUACGAUUGGACAACAGGGUCAUUUGCCCGCAGUGUCUUGUUCAAAAUCUUCGAAUACACAGGCAUCGCAAAAACACCAUUCCCCAUCGAUCUAGGCAGUAUUGCCAAGCAAAUCUAUACGAGUGAUUGGGGCACAUAUAACCCAAGAGACAAGGACUACAUGAACUCCUUCAUGAUGAAACCAGCUGAGUCGCUGGCUGAUGUCCUAAUACAGCUUGGAAAUGUUGCAACUAAGCUCCACAAAUUGAGCGAUAUUCAAAAUCGUUUGCUGUCUGCGGCGGUACAAUCACUUCCACGAACAUCAGUUAUCUCACGGCCACAGCUAUACAGUGGCCAAUUAGAUAUGCGUCAACUCGGGCUUGAUCAUUUUGGCAUUGAGUUUCUCGAGUGUCAUCUCAACAAAGGCCCUGUAGACGAACCGCUUAGCAUUCCGUUCGCGACCUUCAUGGAAAGCCACGUUACUACUGGGAAAACUUUAACCACGAAGGCCGUCUGGAGUGCCACGGACACAAUGGACAUGGCCAUGAAAUAUUCCAAUGGAAUCCUGUUGAUUUUUAACCCCCCACAAGGCUCUUUGGUAUGGGACGGGGUGACUUUCAUAACGCCUCUGUCAGCAAAUGAGGCAUUGAUGGAAUAUGCAUUCCUCCCAAGGACUCAAUUUGAGGUGCAGUCAGUUCAUUGUGCUAAAAUUAUGACCAAAGAGGUUGUGGUUAUUACCCUACAGCAAUUACACACUGGCAGUGGUGCACAAGUGGCAAAAAUUGACUGUCGAGAGUAA